AUGGUAUUGGCAUCACUUGAACAAGAUGGAAGCCUGGAGCCUGCAGAAGCUGCGAGCCCAGAUCCUAUGGAUGUUGACGGAGAAGCUACAGAAGCUCAGUCCAUAUCGAGGGAUUCUUUACUAACGAAAGAUCAAUGGUCGGCUAUACAGCAGAUCACGGAAAAGGUGUAUAAGUACAGAACUAAGGAAAAGGUCAAUAAGCGUCUGAUACCGGAUUACUAUGACGUGAUAAAGGAACCUGUCGCGUUAAGCACCUUGAAAAACAAGAUUUUACGGAAAGCUUAUGUCAAUUUUGAGGAAUUCGUGAGGGACGCUGCUUUGAUAUCUCACAAUGCUCAAACAUACAAUAGACCCGAAGCUGGAGCAUAUCACGAUGCGAUCACUCUGCGGGAUAUAUUCCAAAAAGAGUUCAUAAAGCUGGUUGACCAGAGCGUUAUUACCUCCGAAGCUUCGGAAUAUCCAGAUCUUGGAGAGCUUCCGGCUGUGGAAGAUGUUGUGGCCCCUGCCGAGGUUGAAGAGGAAGAAGAAGACGAGGAGGAAGAAGACGAGGAGGAGGAUGAUGAUGAAGAUGAGGACGAAGACUCAGAAGAAGAGGGUGGCAAACGUCGUCGGAGAAGGGGGCACGAUCCGUCGCCUCGAUCAUGA